AUGUCGCGUGAAGUGAGGACUAAUGUCCGUUUAAUGCGUCCGGGCAUCGCUGUUCUAAUUCUCAGCGGACGUUACGCUGGCAGAAAAGCGAUUGUUAUUAAGAGCUAUGACGACGGCUCGAAUGAGAAGCCCUACGGACACGCUCUUGUGGUUGGAAUCGAUCGCUACCCGCGCCGCAUUCUGCGUAAGAUGGGGAAGAAACGAAUCGACAACCGAUCAAAGAUAAAGCCCUUCAUUAAGCUUGUAAAUUACAAUCACCUUAUGCCAACACGGCACUCGGUCAACAUCCCCUUCAACACAACCGUCAUCAACAAGAACUGUCUGGCGGAUAAGCCGAAAAAGCGCGUUGCACUCCUGGAUGCUAAACUGAAGCUGCAGCAAAGGUAA